GCCAAAAAGCCACGAAUCCCGGGAGAGAGAGAGGUACCAAAAGAGAGGAAGAAGAUGGAGUCUCGGGUAGGCGCAAUGCUACUUGUGGUACUGAUAUUUCCAACAUUGGUUGGGGCCAUGGUUCGCCACUACAAGUUCAGUGUGGUGAUGAAGAACACGACAAGGCUUUGUGCAACUAAGCCUAUAGUGACUGUGAAUGGGCGGUUUCCAGGGCCUAAGCUCUACGCAAGGGAGGAUGACACGGUGAUUGUGAGGGUCAUCAACCACGUUACCUACAAUGUUACCCUCCACUGGCAUGGGGUGAAGCAAUUGCGGACAGGGUGGUCAGAUGGGCCAGCAUACAUCACUCAGUGUCCGAUUCAACCGGGGCAAAGCUAUAUCUAUAAUUUCACUCUGUCUGGCCAGAGAGGCACCCUUCUUUGGCAUGCACACAUUUCCUGGCUAAGGGCUACUAUGUAUGGUGCCAUUGUCAUCUUGCCUAAGCGGGGUGUUCCUUACCCUUUCCCCAAGCCCGAUAGAGAAGUUGUUGUCAUAUUAGGGGAAUGGUGGAAGGCGGACGUUGAAGCUGUGAUCAACCAGGCUAUACAAUCCGGUUUGCCACCAAAUAUAUCAGACGCGCACACCAUUAAUGGCCAUCCAGGCCCCACAUCAACUUGCUCUUCUCAGGGUUAUACUUUGAAUGUUGAAAGUGGAAAGACCUACAUGCUGAGGAUCGUCAAUGCUGCUGUGAAUGAUGAGCUGUUUUUCAAGAUUUCUGGCCAUCAACUGACCGUUGUGGAGGUGGAUGCCAUCUAUGCCAAGCCCUUCAAAACUGAUACCUUAUUCAUAGCUCCAGGGCAAACCACAAAUGCCCUUUUAACUGCAGAUCAAGGCGCUGGCAAGUACUUGAUUGUCGUGUCGCCUUUCAUGGAUGUUCCUAUCCCAGUAGACAACAUCACAGGAACUGCUAUUUUAAGCUACACAGGCACCCUUGCUGCUUCCCCUACUGUCCUUACCACCAGCCCUCCUCAAAAUGCAACCCAAUUAACAUCAAGCUUCAUGGACUCUCUUAAGAGCCUCAAUUCAAAGCAGUACCCUGCAAAUGUGCCAUUAGCUAUAGACCAUUCUCUUCUUUUCACCAUUGGUGUUGGGGUCAAUCCGUGUUCUACAUGCGUAAAUGGGAGCCGCCUUGUGUCCUAUAUCAACAAUGUUACCUUUGUGAUGCCAACUACUGGUCUCCUUGAAGCACAUUACUAUAACAUAGGUGGGGUUUUCACUGUUGACUUUCCUGGAAACCCUCCCAUUGCCUUUAACUAUACUGGCACUCAGCCAUCAAAUAUGCAAACCAUGAAUGGCACAAGGCUGUACAGAUUGGCCUAUAAUUCAACAGUUCAAGUUGUGAUUCAGGGGACUGCAAUGAUAUCACCAGAGAGCCAUCCAACCCAUCUUCAUGGCUUUGAUUUCUAUGCAGUUGGGAGGGGACUAGGGAAUUUUGAUCCAGUGAAUGAUCCCAAGAAGUUCAACCUCAUUGACCCUAUUGCAAGAAACACAAUAGGAGUACCAUCAGGGGGAUGGACUGCAAUCAGAUUCAGGGCAGACAACCCAGGUGUGUGGCUGCUGCAUUGUCAUUUGGAAGUACACACAACUUGGGGGCUCAAGAUGGCCUUUCUGGUGGAGAAUGGGAAAGGUCCAAAUGAGUCACUUGUACCACCUCCCUCUGACCUUCCAAAAUGUUAGAUAAUUCCAAAAUGCCUCAACUGCAUCACAAGACUAAGCAAAAAAAAAAGGAGAAAGAAGAGGAUGGAAGCUGCAGGGGAACAAAGAAAAGAAAGAUUUAAGGGACUGCUUGUUUUCAUGAAAGUGGAGGAGGGUGAGCAGUGUUGCACAAUUUUCUGUCUUUUCUUUUUCUUUCCAUGCUGCCAAUGUUUGAAGUUACAUAGCCUUGUAUAACUGAGUAUGAGGGGGGGUUUUACUCAUAAGAUCUUGGAUCAUGGUUGGAAAAUUUGAAUUUGGUUACAAAACCCUUAUCACUA